GGUGAAGUACCUUUGGACUCUCUUCCAAUUGCAUUUAUCAAUCAAAUGAGUGCUAUCGUGGGUGAAGCGGAAGCGCGCACGCAUGGGUACUUGGCUCAAAUCGCUGCGACUCCUGCAUUGAGCAGCACGGAGCUGAACCUCCCUGGCCCUGUCACCAAGCAUGUGGGCAAGGUGCGCGAUGUGUACGUGCUCCCCGAGCGCAAGCAAGUCGUGUUGGUGUCGACGGACCGCCAAAGCGCGUUCGAUCGCCAACUGACGUCAGUCCCAUCCAAGGGCCAAGUUCUCACGCUCACGAGCUCGUGGUGGUUCAACGCCACGCGUCACAUCGUGCCCAACCAUAUGAUCGCGAACCCCCAUCCCGCCGCCGUCAUUUGCAAGCAGGCGACGGUAUUUCCCGUGGAAUUUGUCGUGCGCGGGUACAUCACGGGCUCGACGUCGACGUCCAUGUGGACCAACUACGCCAAGGGAAGCCGCGACUUUUGCGGCCACAAGCUCCAAGAUGGGUACAAGCAGCACCAAAAGCUGCCUGAAAACCUCGUCACGCCCACGACCAAGGACGACGUGCACGACGAGCUCAUCUCUGGCGCCGAAGUCGUGUCCAGCGGCCGCAUGACGCAGGCACAAUGGGACUACUGCCACACCAAGUCGCUCGAGCUGUUUGCAUUUGGUCAGGCCACCGCCGCCACCCGCGGGCUCAUUUUGGUAGACACCAAGUACGAGUUUGGCCUCGAUAGCACGACGGGGGAGAUCCUCCUCAUCGACGAGAUCCACACACCCGACUCGAGCCGGUACUGGCUCGCCGCUUCUUACGACGAGCGCAUGGCCAGCGGCAUCAGCCCCGAGAACAUCGACAAGGAAUUCCUCCGCCUCUGGUUCCGCGACCACUGCGACCCGUACAACGACGCCGUGCUGCCGGAAGCCCCCAAGGACCUCGUCCACGAACUGUCGCGCCGGUACAUUUUGCUGUACGAACUCAUCACGGGCAACCAGUUUGAGUUCCGCAACCCAUCGCUGCAAGACACCGUUGGCCCGUUCUUUGGUUAACUUUCGAGUCCUGAAUAUACAUGUACAUUCAUGGCUGGCUGGCUGCCUCUCCUAUGGUGCUUUCAAGCAAAAGUGGGUCUUUUUGGUACUAGUAGACGAAUCUAUUAAUAGUACCUGAAAUAUAUCGUCGAGACGACAUUUUACUUGAAAAAUAACAGCGGUGUAAAUAUAUUCCCUGGGACUCUUGUGCUGAAAUGGGAUACGCCUGCAAUUUG